AUGCGAAACUGCGGUGAGGAAUACGACUCUAAAACUCGAGGAAGAGUAAACAAACGAAGCAUGAAGCCUCCUUGCCACAAUUGUAAACUCAAGUGCACUGAGAAAAUCGAUGAGAACUCUCUGAAAGAGAUAUUUGCAAUGUUUUGGGCAAUGGGAGACUUGCAAAGACAAAGAGAAAUCAUAAAAGAUAGCACACAGGCAGUUGUUCCCAAGUAUCAGAGGAUUACAUUGGACCGUAAAAGGGAAAGGGGUUCUAAUCAAGCAUACUCAAUAACGAAAGAUGGAGAAAAAAUACGGGUAUGCAAACAGUUUUUUAAAAACACUUUUGGCCUAUCGGACAGAGCUAAUCGUACAACCUUUGAAAAAACAGACAAAAGCACAGGUGUGCUAAGCUUGGAAAUGAGUGGCAAGCAUGGAAAGGGUCGAAACUUGGAUGAAGAACUCGUGAAGAGUGCAAAGGUUCACAUAGAAAAAAUUCCCAGAAUUCCUAGUCAUUAUUGUAGAUUUCAAAGUUCUCGGGAGUAUAUCGAUGGUGGAAAAUCUAUCGCCGAACUUCACAGAGACUAA